CCUAGAGUUAUUCCCGUUUUUUUGGCACUGCAGGCAAGUCAUAAAUAAUCUGAACAAUAUGGGGUAAUAUUGUUCAAUAUAGAAAAAAUAUUGAAAAAAUAUUCCGUAUUAUAUUCUCAGAAUUGUUCUCACUAAAGUCCUCUACUCUAGUGAGUCUAGUGAGGUUGCAUAACUUAUGACGUAUGUACUUAUCCAUUUGAAAUAUGGUGUAUAAAUACCCGGACUCUUGCCAGCGGAGUAUAUUAUAUACUAGAGCUUAAUUGCAUAUACGUUAUAUUUAUAGAUAUAUGUGCAAUAAUAUAUAUAUGAUGGGUUCAUCAUCAAUGAGAUUGAAGAGAUUUAGUUGCCUAGUCUUGAUUUGCCAGAUCAUAUUUGUAACGACGACGAUCAUCACUCCAACCUCGUCGCUGCUAACCAUAACGUGGGAGGAGCACGAGAAAUGGAUGAAUUAUCAUGGACGCGUGUAUGAAAACGAGAUGGAGAAGGAGUUUCGUUUUGCGGUAUUCAAAGAGAACCUGGAGUUCAUUCACGCCUUCAACCGGGAGAAGAGCUGGUCUUUCAGGCUCGGCGUCAAUAAGUUUGCUGAUUUGACUAAUCACGAAUUUCGAGCCCUCCGAGCCACUGGCUACAAAAGUCCUCUUAUUCAUAGUCUUAAUGAUGAUGGUACGCCUUCUCCCCCCAACACCUUUAGAUACAACAAUUUCACUGCAAUUCCAAGGAGCCUCAAUUGGAAGAACAAAGGAGCUGUUACUCCGGUAAAGGAUCAAGGCCAAUGUGGAAGCUGUUGGGCAUUUUCUGCUGUUGCGGCGGUGGAGGGCAUACACGCAAUAUCAACGGGGAACCUAAUUUCACUCUCUGAACAACAACUGAUAGAUUGCAACACCAUGAAUAUGAGUUGCAAGAACGGAGGAAAUAUGGGCCAAGCUUUCGAGUUUAUCAUCAAUAACAAUGGUCUCACAGAUGAUCACAACUACCCAUAUACGGGAGUAAACGGGACCGGCUGCCGCAGCAAAAUCUCGCCGGCCAUAAAGGCAGCGGCAUGGAUCACAGGCUACAAAAGCGUUCCGAUUAAUGACGAGAUGGCUUUGUUACAGGCCGUGGCUAACCAGCCGGUCUCCGUCGUAAUUCAGGCAGGCCAAAAGGCGUUCCAGUUCUAUCGCAAAGGCGUGUUCUCCGGCAGCUGCGGAUACAACCUUGAUCACGGCGUCACGAUCGUCGGGUAUGGGAAAACUGUGGAGGGCAGGGAGUAUUGGGUGGUGAAGAACUCAUGGGGGCUUGGAUGGGGUGAAGAGGGCUACGCUAGAAUGGCAAGAGGCGUUUCUGACCCGAGGGGACUCUGUGGCCUUGCCAUGGCUCCUUCCUAUCCAACUGUGGCGGCUUAAUUACCUUCUUUUUUUUUCGGAAUUAUUUCAUGUGCCUAUUUAUUUUGUUUGACAAAUGGCUGGUACCAUGGUGCGUGCUUAAUUGGUAUUACAUGUGUUUUUGUUUUUGUUCCUUUAUUUUGUUUGCAAGAAUGCUCAUUUCUAAAGCUAGUUACGCUAUGGCAACAUAUAUAAUAACAUUUUGCAA